GACAAAUAGACUAAAAUGUGGGUAGGCUGCAUUUCCUGUAUUUUGAACAGCAAAAUUUGAAAAAAAAAUCCAGUUUUCUCAACUAACAUAUUACUUCACAUAUUAUCAAUUAUCUCUAUAUAAUUGGAUAUUGGUUAUAACUCAACGCCAAAAAAAAGUAUCAAAAAUAAAUGAUCAAAUUGUUUUGGUAUUUUAUAAGUACUUUGAAACUUCUAUUUAUUUUUUUAUUCAAAAAAAAAACAGGUGCCAUGGAUGUCACUAGGCAAAAUUUUGAGGAAGUACUACCCAAAGUGAAGAAAUCUAUUGAAGAAGCCACUUUCCUCUCUAUUGAUUGUGAACUUACAGGGUUGAACACGAUAAGGAAUAUUAAUGCUUUUGAUACUAUCGAACAAUAUUAUAAUAAAGUGAGAGAAAAUUGUAGAGAGUUUUUAGUGAUACAAUAUGGCAUUACCGCAUUCAAGUAUGAUGAAGAAGUUAACAUUUUCAAACAGUCCAGUUAUAAUUUUUAUAUAUUUCGACGACCCCUGAAUAGGAAUAUACCUGAUCAAAGAUUUUUAUGUCAGACUUCUAGUAUAGAUUUUUUGAUUUCCCAAGGGUUUGAUUUUAACAAACUCUUCAGAGAAGGUAUAUCUUACCUUAACUUAGAAGAAGAAACUAAGUAUUCAGAAAAUUUAGAAGAGAAACAUAAAGAAAAACCUGAUUCAUCAUCGGUAAAUUAUAAACCAGACAAAAUAGCCAUUCCCCCUACUGAACAACAGCUUAUUGAUGAUGUAAUGAAAUCAAUUGAUGGAUACUUGAAAGGCGAUGAAACAGAACCUCUUCAAUUACCGAAAUGUAAUCCAUUCUGCAGAAAAUUGAUUUAUCAAGAAACAGCUGACGUUUUCGGCGAUAAAAUAUGCGUGGAAACGAAGCAGUUGGAAAAUAAAGAUCGAGUUUUACAUGUUACACGCGUUAAAUCAGCAGAUGAGUUGAAAUCGAUAGCAAAACAAAAAUAUGAUGAUGAUAUGAAGAUACUAAAUGAAUGUAUUGGGUUCACAAGGGUUUUGAGGAUGAUCGUAGAAUCGGGUAAAUUAGUUGUUGGCCAUAAUUUGUUGUUAGAUAUAUUACACACCAUUGACAAGUUUUUGACUCCCUUACCUGACAAUUAUGAAGAAUUCAAGGAGUGCGUUCAUAAUUUGUUUCCGAAUAUUUUAGAUACAAAAUUCAUGAGCUCCAGUCCGGUAUUCAGAGAUCUAGUUAAUUCAAGUGCCCUUGGUCCUUUAGUAGAUACUGUGAAAAAGGAUCCUUUUGAGAUCCCAACAAUUGAAAUUGAAGAUGAUUGUUGUGGUUAUUCUCUGGAUGAUAAGAAAGAACACGAAGCUGCUUUUGAUGCUUUCAUAACAGGUGUUAGUUUUCUAGCAAUGUGGAACUAUAUAGGCAAAGAAGCUCAAAUGACGCCAAAGGAAACAUUUUCCUCUUUCAAUUUAGUAGAACCAUAUUUUAAUAAGAUAUUUUUGAUGAGGCUUCAAGAUAACCCUUAUAUUAAUCUGUCAGGAAAUGACCCUAAUCCUUCUCGUGACCACGUUUUUCAUGUAACAUUUCCCAAUGAAUGGAAGACGAUUGAUAUUCAACAACUAUUCAGUCCAUUUGGAAAUGUAUUUGUUUCAUGGAUUAACGACUCAUCUGCAUUUGUGGGUUUGUAUAAAAGGGACCAAGCAACCAUUGCAUAUAAAUCUUUGAAACAGAAUAAAAUUUGUGCAGUUAAAUUGUUUCAUGAAUACCACCAUGAAGGCAAAACAACAAAUUCUUCUCAAUCACUCCAAAUAAGCCAAAAGAAAUCUUCCAACAAAAGCCCUUAUGCUGGUGUUAGAAAACGUAAAAUUAGCGAAGGAUCAAGCUUAGAAUCUAUAAAAGAGAAGGUAGUGAUUAAGAAGAAGAAAUCGCCGGCGAUGUCAAAAACAUUCACUGUUUGUGAUGAAUGGUGAUGGUUUUCUGGAACAAAUUCCAUUUGUCUUGUGUAUAUAGUUAUUUUUUGUAUAUUUCGAGUGUGUUUAUUAAUAUGGCUUGCUGAAAGUCUUCAGAUCUUGAUGAAAGUAGAUGUGUUUACUUGUUGACUUUUGACAAUUUUAUUUAAGAACAAAAAAGUUUUAGUAUGAUAUUAAAUUUUUCUUUGAAU